UCUUUUUUUUUUUGAACAAAUAACCAGUUAUUGUUGGUUUCUUCAGUUGCCUAAGUCGCUUAUUUAUGCCUGACCCGCACAGUUCUUCAGCAUAUUUGUGACCAGCUUUAGGAGGUUUGUCAGCAUGCCUAACAGUGGAGAGAUCCUUACAAAAAAAUUACGAGAUGAAAAUGCAAUGAAUGUUACAGAAAGCUAUGCAACCAGAACAUUUACAGAUGCACAGACUGUUUCCAAAGAUUUGCUGGUUCAUUUUGAGAAGACCCAAGAUGAAGGCAAAGAGCCAACAGAGUCUUUGUGGACUUCCUUUGCUGAUGGCGGAGUCAGACUGAGAAUAGAUAACUCAUGUCCACAGGCUCCAAUAACAGUUCAUCAGAUGUUCAGAGAGAGCCUAGAAAAAUAUGGGUCUCUUAACGCUUUGGCCAGCAAAAAGAACGGAAAGUGGGAGAAGAUCACUUUUUCAGAGUAUUAUUGCCUCUCCCGAAAAGCAGCCAAAAGCUUCUUAAAGCUUGGUCUUGAACGAUUCCAUAGCGUAGGAAUCCUUGGCUUUAAUUCUCCAGAAUGGUUCAUUUCAGCUGUUGGAACAAUUUUUGCUGGAGGAAUUGUCACAGGAAUAUAUACAACCAACUCUCCAGAGGCCUGCCACUACAUUGCUCAUGACAGCAAAACCAAUAUCAUGGUUGUGGAAAAUCAGAAACAAUUGGACAAGAUAAUGCAGAUCUGGAAUCGUUUGCCACACUUGAAAGCUGUUGUGCUAUAUAAGGACUCCGUGCCAGAGAGACGUCCCAAUUUGUAUACGAUGGAAGAAUUUCUGGAGUUGGGAGAUGACAUAACUGAUGCUACUUUGGAUGACAUUAUUAACUCUCAAAAGCCAAAUCAAUGCUGUGUGCUAAUAUACACAUCUGGAACAACUGGGAAGCCAAAAGGAGCCAUGCUGAGUCAUGACAACAUAACCUGGACGUCAGCACAUUGCAGCAGAGCAGGAGAUAUGCAACCUGCAGAGGUCCAACAGGAGUCUAUAGUCAGUUAUCUCCCACUCAGCCACAUAGCUGCACAGAUAUAUGACCUGUGGACAGGAAUCAAGUGGGGAGAGCAAGUUUACUUUGCCGAGCCAGAUGCUUUGAAGGGCAGCUUGAUCAACACACUAAAAGAAGUGCAACCAACGUCUCAUAUGGGAGUUCCACGAGUAUGGGAGAAAAUCAUGGAGAAAUUAAAGGAUGCUUCUGCUCAGUCAGGAUUUAUGAAGAAGAAAAUGCUUUCAUGGGCUAUGUCAGUUAGCUUAGAGAGAAACCUGAACUGCUCGAGCAGCAAUGAUUUAAAGCUGUUUUGGACAAGGUUAGCAGACUACUUGGUGCUUGCAAAAAUCCGCAAUGCGCUGGGUUUUUCUUGCUGUCAGAAGCACUUUUGUGGUGCUGCUCCUCUCAAUGCAGAAACACUGAAUUUCUUCUUGGGUCUGAACAUCACCUUGUAUGAGGCCUAUGGGAUGAGUGAGACCACAGGCCCACACUGCUUAUCUGGGCCAUAUGUUUACAGGCAGCACAGCUGUGGUAAACCAGUAGCUGGCUGCAAAGUAAAACUGGUGAAUGAAGAUACAGAAGGCAAUGGAGAAAUCUGUUUCUGGGGGAGGACUGUUUUCAUGGGUUAUUUAAAUAUGGAAGGCAAAACAAAAGAAGCUUUUGAUGAAGAUGGGUGGUUGCAUUCUGGAGAUUUAGGAAAACUAGACAAGGACGGCUUCCUCUAUGUCACUGGAAGAAUUAAAGAUUUGAUUAUUACAGCUGGAGGUGAAAAUGUGCCUCCAAUUCCAAUUGAAGAUGCUGUCAAAAAAGAGCUUCCAAUUGUUAGUAAUGCCAUGGUGAUUGGAGAUAAAAAGAAGUUUUUGUCAAUGUUGCUGACCCUAAAGUGUGUCCUGGAUCCAGAUACAUCUGAUCCUACUGACAUCCUUACUGAGCAAGCUAGAGACUUCUGCCAGAAGACUGGCAGCAAAGCCACUACAGUAUCCGAGAUUGUAGCUACAAGAGACCGGGCUAUCUACCAGGCCAUUCAGGAGGGAAUCAACAAAGUCAACCUGAGUGCUACUAAUAAAGUUCAUUGUAUUCAAAAAUGGAUAGUCCUGCCCCGAGAUUUUUCUAUUUCUGGAGGAGAACUAGGUCCAACAAUGAAGUUAAAACGGCUCACCGUGCUUGAGAAAUACAGAGAUGAAGUAGACUCCUUCUAUGGAGAGUAAGAAGCAUUUCUUGCCAGCAUUAAAGAAGAUCUGUGAGCUAAAGAAACUAUUUCCUAAUCAAUAGCAUUAAGGAAGAUUUGUGCUUCUGUUCUGGUUUUGCAGUCUCUUGAACUGAUGCACUUGAAAACUGCUGUGUUGAUUUAGGUGUUCCUCUGAUACUCACCUGAUUGAUAGUUUAUACUCUCUUCCAGAAGUAUCUACUCAGUCUGCCCUUUUUCUAAUACUAAUUUUCCUUUAGGUUCUAAAUAAGUAAGGUUGAAAACAUCUUAAUAUGUUGUGUAAAGUGAAUAUAACUAAUUCAUUCAUUCAUCUAGACUGAAAUAGAAGGAAAAUUAUUACACUGUGAUUUUGUUGUUGUUGUUGUUUUGCAAAAGGCUGCCUGUAGCUUAUGUAGUAUUUUAGUAGAUCAGUAGUUAACAGUACUGUUUAGUAAAAAUGCUAUUGCACGGUGAUAAAGGUGAUGAUUAUUAAAAGAUCAGCAGGCCUGUUCCCCCCACACACCCCCAGAACAUCUCUUUUUGUUCUCUUAACACAAAAUUUCGGAGCCUAAAAACAUUCCUUUUUUUCUGCUUUUACAGUGGGUAUACUUCAGACGCUUUGUGAAAGCGGCAGCUCAUUUCUUAAAUCAAGUUGAAAAAACAUUACUAUUUCCCCUAAAAACAUAUACAUCAAGAAAGGUGGGGGGAAUAGCUCCCUAAGAUUAAAAGGUACAAAGUAGCAAAUACAGGAGAUCUUACAUAAAGUGCUAUUUAGAACAGAAACCUCUUUAAAAAAUAAAAAGUGCUGUAAAGACAAUUUUAAUGAUGUGCUUGAAAACAUGCAAGUUAGCCACUGUGUCACAACUCCACUUGUUUCAAUAUUCACACUGUACUAAGUCUGACAAACGUGAGCUGUAUUCCUCUUUAUCAAAAAUUCUAAUUAAUCACAUGGUAUUAUGUGAAGGACAUACUUGAUAAAAAGCUAUCUAAAUAGUCUGCUCUUAGUAAGUGAUCUUUGGCAGAGAGUUGUAACGGCUAACGCAAGCAGGCAGUCUACAACCACUAUUCUUGACCAAAAAAAAAAAAAA